CUCUUUUUGUGGGGGAAGGAUUUUAUUGCAAUAGCAGGCAAAAGCCGUGACAGUACUAAGAGGAGCUCGAAUGCAACCCACCCACGGCUUGUGCACACGCGCGUGCACCCUCGUCUCUUCCUUUCCCUCCAAUGCACAUUUUGUGCAAGCUUCAAAGCAGCUGACCUUACAACAAAGCUGCACACUGCACAGAGGAGAGUGUGAGAUGGGUGAAAGCAGAGGCGACAGCUCUUAGUCAGUAAGCAAUGUGUGAAUAACUCUCAUGGGAGAAGUCAGCAUGACAGGAGCAGUGGGAGGGACAAGAGGGACAAGACGACAACUCCAACACAAGAGGAGAAAUGCUUCCAACAGCCAAGGUAUUGGAGGAUUGCUGCUGAUACACAAGUGCUCCUUUGAUGGCAUCUGAUACAAAGGGACGUGGUACACAGCAAGUGAAGGAAUGACGCUCACACGGACUGACCCGCGGAGAUAAGGAGCUGGAGGCGGUACUCUGUGAAAAGCGGAUCUUUGCCUGAUAUCUCACAAAAGCAUUGGUGGUGCAGUUUUCACCAUUUUUCAGGACUGGCUCCUCUGACUGCCAUGCCCCUCUUCAGCUGGAUGAAAUGGUCCCAUGAAACUAAAGCGCAGGCUCGAGAUGAAGCGGCGCCGCCAAAGACCUCGGUGGUCGUCCCCGGUCGCGUGUCGAUCGGAGAGCUCCUGUGGCACGUGGAGGAGCGAGAGCGGUCGGUGAGGGAACUGGAUCGAGAGCAUAGGCUGACCCGCGGCGCCCUGGGUCUCCAUUGGUUUCAAAAGUACCCCAGGUUACAGACCCUCAUCCCCACAUCAGAGCGACACCAGCUGGAGUUUCUGUGUGCCCAGAUUCCACCCGUCGAUGCAGCCAGCGUGCUCUCAAGGUUUCGUGAGGUGCUCGCCACGAACAACGUGAAGCCCUGGGAGCUGGCUUUUGUCUUUAAGCAGGUGCUGAGGGAUUUCUUGAGCCAGAAGGAGCACGAAGAGGAGAACUUCUCAGUGCAGGCAGCAGAGCUCCGACCAAUGGACGCUUGGACCAGCUGCUCCACGAUGAAGCAGGGCUUCGCCACACCCAUCGUCCCCAACUGUGGAGACAACCCGAGGGAGGAGAUACCAACGAUCUCUGGAUAUGUGGAUCGAGUUAUGCGGCACUCCGGCUCGAUCUCAGGGUCCAACAGAGACUGGGACCUCCCGGUUCCCCUCAGGGCCACAGGAACGCACAGCACGACGCUGUGAGAGGCCGUUGAGGAUUUAAGGAGAAAUGACAUUAGGCUCCCAGUGGACAAAGUAUUGAACCAUUUCAUGACAAUAACUAGUUAGAAACCUGUUCUUUCAUACCCUACUUAAUAGACUGAUUUUCUACAGAUUGUGUACAAUAAAUUACAAUAGUUUAUAGUCAGGUGGCAAGAGUGAUGUGAUAAGGGAACAGGAUGUGAAGACAUGUGACCAGCCUGUGAAUGCUCGUCAGUCUGAGAACAGUUUAACCAAAAUAUUACAUUUCUACCCCAGAUUUUUUAAUAUAUUAACAGGUUUUUAAGCCCUAAAGAGGUAAUUAUACAAAUAGAAAAGCAGAGAUUAUGGAAAACUCUGUAAAAAAAUAAAUGUUUGUGCGAUAGAU